CCGACAUUGGUCCGAUUAUUACAAUCUGAGAAAACAUGGCAGCCUCCUUGGUGCAAUGUCGUUUCUCGCAAUCAAAAAUUUAUGUUUGUAAAAAACACCGUUUCAUUCAGAUUUCACAGCGUUUUGCAAGCAAAUACAUAACAGACUAUAGGAAAAUAGAUGAUGAAGAGCCAAUUGAAGAUAUUCGGGAUGUUAGUCGCUUAACUGAGAAGUUGAAGAAGAAACUGAAGAAAAAUUAUUUGAACUCCGUCCCUGAAGCAGACUAUGUCCCCCCUUAUAAUCAGAAGGGUAUAAGACGAUACCAGAGACGGAUGUAUGCAAUGUAUGGAGAUAAAUAUGAAAUAAAUCCUGCUACGUUAUGGCCAACUAAGGACGAAAUAGCAAAAGAAAACCAUAGAGACACUUUCUUUGACAUUCCUUUAGAAGAGAGCUUUGAAAGAAUAAGGCUUUCUAACGAGGAGAAAGCUGAGAAUCUUAGGAAAAGUGAGGAACUUAUUGAGAAAAAUAUGCUGAAAAUGAAGGAUUGGUUAAAGGCAUAUGAAGAACGUAAAAGAAAUGCUCAGUUGAAGGAAGAAAGAUCAGCAGAAAAGAAAAGACUUACGGAAGAGAAACUUUAUGACCACUUUGGCUAUCAAAUAAGUGUAAAUACUACUAAAGCUAAGGAUUAUCUGAGAGAUCUUGCAGAACAGGAAAAGAAGGAGAGAAAAUUGCAAUACAAACAAGAUAAACAAGAGAGGGAGAGGGCACAGUUAAAAGAAUUGCUUCACAAAGAAGCAGAGGCAGAAAAGGAAAAGGAAACUAAAUGAAUCAUUUUUGCAGGCCUGUUUGAACAAACAGUAGUUUUUAUUGAACUCCUUAGACUUGAAAGAAGGGGAAUGUAAUUUUACAUUUAAAUGCUACUUAUAAUAUAAAUGUAAUAACAAACAUUCCCAGUGAAGAAGAGACACAAUUGUAGAGAGAUUGUUUUACAUGUACCAAAUAUCACUAAUGAAUGUGAAAUAAAUUACAGUCUCUCUGUA